AUGGCUGCUACAAAUGGAGAUGAAUUUGUUAAUAAUGAUCGUAGUCAUUCAAAUUUCUUUCGUCGUUCUUUAUCACCACGUUCAUUUGAAAAAUUACGCGAUGAAGAUAAUGAUUAUUUUUAUAAACCAAAACGUGGUCCAUCAAGAAGUAAAUCAAAUAUAACUAUAACACGACCAAUAAAACGAUUUGAAACUGUAACAAAACUUGUUGAACUUCUCUCAAAAGGAAAUAAUAAUAAUUUAAAAACACAACAUCAUGAAGAUACUGAACCACCAAUAUUAUCAAAAAAAAUUAAUGAAGAAAAAUGCUCCUCCUCAUCAUCAUCAUCACAUUAUUCAAGUUUUUUAUCUAUGGAUGGCGGACAUUCAUCAUCAAAUAUUCCAUCAACUUUUUCAUCAAGUUUUUCAUCGACAUUUUCAUCGCGAUGUAAUUCAUCAAUAUUAACAACAACUGAACAUGAAUCUCCAGUGAUUAUAACUGUUGAACCAAUAAAUAAAUUAACUCAAACAACACUAGUUCCAUCAAAAAAAGAACCAAUUCUCAUUAAUAAAGAUGCCGUACAAUUUUAUUCUUCAUCACCAUGUCAUGUACCAGCAAUGGGAAUAAAUGUAACAACAACAGGUGUACAUCUUGUUUUACUUGAACUUUAUCCACAAAAUAUUGAUUAUUCUACGGUUGUUUUUCAACGUUAUCUUAUUUCUUUAAUUAUUAAUAAUGAACAUCAAAAUUGGUCAAUAUCAAAUGUUGAAUUACAAUCAUCAAUUGAACAAGAAGUUAAUUUUCGUUUAUUUACAUUAACACAUGAUGAAUUUGAUCUUAUUCUUUUACGUUUACAAUCAUUUAUUAAUUAUAAAUCAUCUAUAGCAUCAACAUUUGUACUUAAUAUAGCUUUAACAGGUGAACAAACAAAUGAAUAUGAAAGAAAAAUUUCUUCACGUUUAAAUAAAAUUAAUUUAAAUUUUGAUAUUAUUCAAUAUCGUGUGGAAUCUUAUAUGAUUGGUUUAGAUUUUUUUCUUGGAAAUAAUCGAAUGAUUAAUAUUGAUAAACAUGAUGAAUUAAUUGCAAUUUUUGAUGAUAAAAAAAAACGAAGAAAAUCAUCAAUUUUAUCCAUAUAUACUUGUUCAUGCUGA